ACGUGUGUUGUGUUGUGUAGUAGAGCAGAGUAUUUACUUGCUAAAUUAUGCGUUAACUCUCGUUUCUUGUAACAUGUUUUAUAAUUUAUAGCAAGCUAAACGGCCGUUGCCUACCGGAAUUCAUAUUUAAUUGCUAGUGCAUCAAAUGUUGAUUCAGCACAAUGUACUUUCCAAUAGGAUGGCCGAAAGUUCUGAAAAAUCCCACAGCAGAUCAUCAAAUCAUUCAGAUUGUUUCAAACAGAGAUAAAAUAUUGUUCGCUUCGCUUAGCGAAGACUGUUUGAUGGUAUGGUUUUGUAAGCCAAGUGUGCCUAUUGUGCAUCACAAGCGUAGCACUGAAUCCUUGCAGCGUCUUGGGGUUAAUGUUGGAGUGGAAUGGAAGCCGGACUCUUCAAUGAUAUGCAUUUCGACUUCAGAAGGACAUUUGAUUCUGUACAAUGUGGAAGUAGUGAGUGACCAGACUGCAUACCAGCAGUAUGACCCUCCCACCGCCAGUCUGAGGAGGGAUUCUGCUGAACUGUUUGUGAAGGAAGUCAUACCAUCGCUGAAGAUUACAUUGUUUAAAGAAGUGCUAGUAUGGGAUGGUCAGAUCACCCGCAUGUGCUGUAUAUCGGGCACUGAGAUCUUGGUGUGCACAACCAGGGCUCACCUGCUGCGGUACCGCUGGGAUGGCUCGCAGAAUCGCGAUUACUGCCUCGACCUUGGGAGGAUACCCUUCUCUAUCAACCAACAAGUAUCCAAAGCGGAGCCCAUCUUAGAAGACAACACGCAUGUAAACGACAUCGAGUACUCACCACUUGUAUGCGGGUUCGGAAUAACUCUCAACGAUGGUCGCGCCGCCUACCUCACUGCGCCUAACCUCAAAUUUGAUCCUAAUGCGGUCCAGGGCAUCUGGGCUCCGGCCAUAGAUGACGCGACGUGCGUUCGCGUCAACCAUAAAUUUAGACUUAUCGCCAUUGGUAGAAAGAAUUCACAAGUGGACGUGUAUACAAUCGAUGAGGCGACGGGAGGGUUGGAGCUUUCUCACACAAUGGUGCUAAGCUCCAAAGAUUUCCCCGGUGACCCUGGACCUGUUAAAUGUAUAAGGUGGACGGCCGACGGUCGAGCUGUAGCCGUCAGUUGGGAGAGAGGUGGAAUCUCAGUAUGGAGUACUUUUGGAGCGCUACUCAUGUGCUCUUUGGCGUGGGACUACGGGCUAAACCAGGACUUGAGCAAACACAACCCACUCGUCGUGUCUAGUAUGGAAUGGGCCACAGAAGGUUACCAGCUGUGGAUGGUGAAGGUCGAAGCCGACUCGAAUACUAAUCUAAUACAACUGGACUUCAUCAAGAGUCCACUCAGCGUAAACCCUUGUAUGAGUAACCAACGGCAUCUUUACCUUCAAGCAGACGACAAACUAUACGUCAAUUUAGAAGACAAUCUAACGAAGCGAACAAAGAUGUCUAUUAUAGACUCCUCCGCUGAAACCUAUCAGGAGACCGGACUCGACCAACCGAGUCCUGAGUACGGCACUAGUGCCAAAUACAGAGAAUACGUCGAUGACAAUGAGUGCAGAAAGCAGUGGAUUGUGCUACCGCUGCCCGCUACGUAUAUUGCAACAAAUUGGCCACUGAGAUACAGCGCCAUAGACGAGAGCGGCGUAAACGUGUGUGUGGCCGGCCGAGCGGGCCUCGCACACUACAACUGCACCGCGCGACGCUGGAAGCUCUUCGGCAACGAGUCGCAGGAGAAGGAGUUCACCGUCACCGGCGGCGUGCUGUGGUGGCGCGACUACAUCGUCAUAGGCUGCUACAGUAUCGUGGACGGACACGAUGAGAUCCGCUUCUAUCCGCGCGACUCCAAAUUAGACAACCGGUUUGCGAAGAUCGUCAGAGUACAUUCUCAGGUGUUCGUGUUGGAUGCGCUGGAUGACCAGCUGGUUGUCUUUGGAGCGGACGCGCUCGUCACCAUAUACGAGUUGAGCUGUACUGACAACACGGGCAACAUCGAGAUGCGCUGCGUGCAAGCCGUGGACGUGUCCGCUUUAUCACACCCAGCGUGCGUUGUGUCCGCGUCGCUGUGCCGCCUGCAGGACUGCCAGCGACAGCCCGCCGUGCAGCAGCCCGACUCUCUGGUACUGAACGCAAGUGGUCGCCUCAUGAUGGUCCAGCGGGAAGAAUACGACGUGGACGAAGGCAACAACCCGGCAUACAGCUGCCUUCCAGCGACUGUGCUCGCGUCAUGCGUCGAAAGCGUCUGGUCCUGUGGCGGUGGGAACAAGGCCCAGACUCAAUUAUCCCGAGCGCUCUGGCUGUGGUGCGGCGCCCUCGGCGCGCGAGUGUGGCUGCCCCUGCUGCCGCGAGAUGCGACCAGACACCCAGACUCCUCGCGUCACACGUUCAUGGCUAAACGGAUCAUGCUGCCCUUCCAUCUCAACAUAUAUCCACUAACGAUACUGUUUGACGACGCGAUCCUCCUCGGCGCCGAAAACGACACGACACUUUACACGUCGGAUUCCAACUCUGUGUUCUCGCUGCCUUUCUGCGUCGUCAACAGAACCAGCCAAGUGUACUUGCACCAGAUACUCCGGCAGCUGCUGCGGAGGAACCUUGGCUACCACGCGUGGGAGAUCGCGCGCUCCUGUGCCCAACUACCCUACUUCCCCCACUCUUUGGAGCUGCUGCUGCACGAGGUGCUGGAAGAAGAGGCGACGAGCAAGGAGCCGAUACCGGACGCGCAACUGCCCAGUAUUAUUGAGUUCGUCCACGAGUUCCCUGUCUACUUACAGACUGUAGUCCAAUGCGCGAGGAAGACAGAGAUAGCACUAUGGGCGUACCUAUUCUCGGCGGCAGGGAAACCGAAGGAACUGUUCCAAGAAUGUCUGCAACGGAAGAUGCUUGACACAGCCGCGUCCUACCUGAUUAUAUUACAAAAUUUGGAGAGUUCAGCGGUCAGUAGACACUUGGCUACGCAGCUGCUUGACACGGCGCUACAGCACGAGCGAUGGGACCUUGCGAGGGACCUGGUUCGCUUCCUUAGGGCCAUAGAUCCGAACGACGUGGACUCGCCGCGUAAUUCAGUGAACGUUCAAGCAAAGUACGGUCAGAUCGUUCAGUCUCAGACCGUCACCCCUAACGCAGAGGACCUUUCAGUCAUAUUAGGCAGCAUGCAGCUGGCAGGCGGCCGUGGUCGUAGCUUCAGUACGACGACGACGCCUCGCACAGAGGCGGAGGCCCCCGUGCCGCCCGCACCCGCGCCCGCGCCUUCAGCAAGAGCUACCGCCGCUGUUAAACGGAAGAAGUCUGUGCCUACGAGGAGUGACAAAGAAAGCUACAGCGGCACAGCGGAAGAAUUUUUCAUUGACAUGAUGAUCCAGCGCCACGCCCGUCUCCUGCUAUCCACCGCUCGUCUCCACGCUUUAGGCAAGAUGGCUGCCGCACUGGACUUACACCUAGUCGCCUGGCUCGCGGGAGAGAGGGAGAGGGCAGCUAGAGUGGAUAGCGCUGUCCUUUGCUUGCGUCGGCUGCAUGAAGACUUCGCGUGGCCUUAUCCAGUGUUGCAGGACGCGGAUGAGGACAUGCAGCGGAAAGGAAGUACUGUGACUAGUUCAUACACGCCAUCAGCGGACUCCGACAGUCUAUGCGGAGACAGCGGCUACAUGAGCCUGCCCAUGCGCGCGGCUCUGCCUGCCGGUGGCGUACCUGUUAGUCCCGGCCCUGUCAGCUCUGUGGGAGAAUGUAGCGUGGCAGAAGGAGGGGCAGUCUCGUGGGGCGAGAAUGGAGAAGAGCGGCGCUACGCCGCACUUAUGGAGCGUCUGCACCACAGUCAAGUCGAGCGCGGGAGCCACACGGCGCACGUUCAACUAAGAUACUUCCUCCAACUGAUGACCGAAGCGAGCUGCGUUGAAUGGGCACUUGUAAUAGCUGUAGCAUUACGAGACGCUCUCGCGGUACUGAGAACGUGCAACGCUGCGCGAACACCGGACGUCAAUAUUGCUGCUGUCAAGAGGCUAAAAACAGCGCUGCAGCAUAUAUACGCGUGGAGCGACAACGAGUGCCUGGGUUACAAACCGUUCAUGGUUGCCAUUAGCAACCAGAUCCCCUUCCUCACCUCCAUCAUCAACACGCGCGAGCGCCGCAUGUCCAUGGUGAAGACGCGCGUGCGCACCGCCAGCACCGGCUCGCUGCAGGAACCCAAACCCAAACCCCAACCGGACCCUAAACCCCUUCAGAAAGCGCAGGAGAUCAAACAGACGGUGAGGAAAGAGUCGCCAAGCUCGGUUCCAGACGUUGUGGCUAGUGUGAGGGCGAAUGUCACGGUACCGACACCGCCGCCGCCGCCUCAAGAGCCGCCGUCGAAUUGCGUGCUUAUGUAAUGGUAGGAAUGAUUGACUAAUGCUAAAUUAACUUGUUACGAUAGAGAGAGUAAAUGAGUUCCAAAGUCGGCUAAAGUGGAUCCCCAACUAGAUCCUACACCUCUACAGAAAACGGUUAUCAAACAGACCGCGAGGAAUGAGUCGCCAAGCUCGGUUCCAGACGUUAUGGCUAGUGUGAGGACCUCUCAAGAGCCGCUGUCGAACUGCGUUCUCAUGUAAAUAUAGUAGGAAUUUUGAGUUUUGAUGAAUAUUGACUAAUGCUAAAUUGUUGAUGAGUUGGCUGAACCGUCAUCGGUCUGAUUGCUAAUCACUGAUUUAAACAGUCGUGUCUUAUGUACAGUCGACUACAAAGAGAUGUAUCCACUUUUUCACCUUAUUACAAUGCAAUAAGGUGAAAAGUGGAUACAUCUCUUUAUAGUCGACUAUACUAAAUAUUAUUUGCGAUAGCGGGAUAUCUCACUGUGACUAAGGGGGGUUAAUGUUUCCCUAAGAAUUUUAAACCUUAAUUUGUACACGCAAUUAGGUCCCUGAUUUGGUAAAUAAUCUAGACGUUCUCGACACUCGUUGAAAAAUAUAGUUGCAAGUAAAAUAGAACUAUAUGCUGAAAGAGUAAAGCAUACUUCGAUCUUAUUAGGAAAAUUACUGUCGAAACUUUCUGUCAUCGAAUCGUGUAUAGGUAGUGUUCUAUCGAUGUAGGGAUUGGUCGCACUCAGACAAUACGUUAUUAGCGAAUUUAUUUCGCGCGAAAUGUCAAGUCUAGAAAUGAUGUAAGCACCAUAAUUUAUAAAGUAUUUGUGAUAAGUUCCCUUGGUGAUGUGAAUGAUGUGAUGUCUGUGUGAAAUAAAUAGAUGAAUUUGUACGGUUUCAUACCAUUGCCAAAUUGUAUGUUUUAACUCUUGAAAGAGGUCUAGCAAGUAAUUUGAUACAUCAAGGGCAUGUGAAGGUUAUUAGGAUAUAUCCUCGUCCUGCCCAAUGUGAUUUAUAAAGGACAUAUUCCAUUUUUUGGAAUUUAUAAAUUGAAAGCCUGGGUAGGCAAAAAAUACCUAUUUUUUUUAUAUUUUACCUAAAUCGUGAUACAAAGGAAAAUCUAUUUAUUCAUUUAUUUGGUUUAAAUUUCAAUGACUCAAACUGUAUAUGGUGGGCAGGACGAGGUUAUUAAUUAUACAUUUCUAUCUCAAUUAUACUUAUUUAUAAAGUUGGUAACGGAACUGCCACGUUUACUCAUUAUUCAUAUUUACUUGAAUCCUCACUUAUAACACAAUUUCACAUUUUAAAGUAUUAUUUAGCACAGACUAACCUGAAACACCGUUAUUGUUCUAUUGUUCGAUAUUUUUUUUAGUUUUUAAUUAAAAUACAUUGAUUUAUAAUAGUAUAGUGUGUACGUCGCCUAUAAUGAGUGUAAAUUAGGCGGUGAAUACACGCUAUAGGUGCCAGGAAUAAUCAUAAAAAUAUUGUACCUUAAUGGUCACUUGGUCGACUUACAACUUAGACCAUUACAUCCAAUAUUCGUCAAAUUCAACAGAAAAAAAAUAUUUGUUUACUUUUUACAUUGGCACUUUACGGUUAUAAUACCAGUAAGGUAGUCAUUUCAUUUAUUUAUUCUUCAAACAAUACAAUCAUUGUGUCAGAAAUUCCAUUAUUACAACAUAAAUAAAUGAUUUUUACCUGAAAUGUACACGAAAGAGUUUCGUAUGAUUUCAUAUGAAUAUUUUAUGUAUUAUUUAAUUAAUAAUUAUUAUAAUUUUGUCCAUUUGGUGCUGUAUUGUCACAUAUUCUAUUCGAUUUCUCAAUACAUUAUAUCCAACUUAAUUAUUAACUUACAACUAGUCUCGUAAUAAUGAUUAUCAUUCUAUUUAUUUAGCGAAAUUAUAGUGUUAAGGUACUUAAUUACGAUUAGGAGAAUAAAAUAAUAAAGGAAAAGGAGAAUAUUAUAAUAAAGAAACAUAACAUUGAAUUUAAUUGGUCUUCCGUCUCGAUAAAAUAAUACUGAACGAUAUAUGUCAAACAAUUAUUGAUUGCUUUUAAACAUAAAUAUAGUAAUAGAAACUUCAGCUAUGUAAAGGUGUUCAGAUCUGCUGAUAAAUAUCUGUCGUAAACUGUGGCAGUCAAGUAUGGUCGCGCGAUAAAUAUCUGCACUAUUUUUAAGUGCGAUAGGGACGGCCUGAUGUUUUAUCAUUUAUCAAGCGGCCAUGAUUGCCUGCCUGCCGGCGUAUCAUACUGCCAAUUUUAU